GCGUCGGGCGGAGCAGCCCCGCGUGGGAGGUGCGAGUUUCCGCACAGGCGCGCAGCAUGGGGCCCCUGCCCCGGACCCUGGAGCUCUUCUACGACGUCCUUUCUCCCUACUCGUGGCUAGGUUUCGAGGUGCUGUGCCGCUACCAGCAUAUUUGGAACGUGGAUCUGCAGCUGCGCCCAAGUUACAUCUCAGGCAUCAUGAAGGACAGCGGAAACAAGCCGCCCUCCCUACUUCCCCGCAAAGAGCUGUACAUGACCAAUGACCUUGAGCGACUGCGACAGCAUUUCCAAGUUCCCAUCCAUGUCCCCAAGGAUUUCUUCUCUGUGGUCUUUAAAAAAGGGAGCCUGUCCGCAAUGCGCUUCCUCACAGCCGUGGACCUGGAGCUCCCGGAGAUGCUGGAAAAGGUGUCCCGCCAGUUGUGGAUGUGCGCCUGGUCAAUGAAUGAAGAUAUCACCGACCUCCAGAGCAUCCUGGCGGCUGCAAAGGAGGCCGGGAUGUCUGCAGACCAAGCCCAAGGAAUUCUGGAAAAGAUCUCAACCCCAAGGGUGAAGAACCAGCUCAAGGAGACCACCGAGGCUGCCUGCAACUAUGGGGCCUUUGGGCUGCCCAUCACCGUGGCCCACGUGGAUGGCCAAACCCACAUGCUGUUUGGCUCUGACCGUCUGGAGCUGCUGGCACACCUGCUAGCAAUGUUCGCAGCAUCUUCACCAGGACUACAUUCCAUCUCAAGAAACCACUUUCUCUGCUCAUCCAUAAGAAGCAACUCCUCAUCCUUCAACGUUUUGUCGUGAGUUUCCAGCAAGUCAGCCACACCUUCAGGCUCCACUUCUAGUUCUCCUGCUGUUGCUACCGCAUCGGCUGUUACUUCCUCCGUGGAAGUCGUGACUCCCACAAAGUCAUCCAUGAGGAUUGGAAUCAACUUCUUCCAAACUCCUGUUAAUGCUGAUAUUUUCACCUCCUCCCAUGAAUCGGAAAUGUUUUUAAUGGCAUAUAGAAUGGUGAAUCCUUUCCAGAAGGUUUUCGAUUUACUUUGCCCGGGUCCAUCAGAGGAAUCACCGUCUAUGGCCGCUAUAGCCUUACGAAAUGGAUUUCUUAAAUAAUAAAACUUGAAAGUCAAAAUUACUCCUUGAUUCAUGGGUUACAGAAUGGAAGUUGUCUUUGCAGGCAUGAAAACAACAUUAAUCUCCUUUUAUCUUCAAAUUCCUGGGUGACCACAUGCAUUGUCAAUGAGCAAUAAUAUUUUGAAAGGAAUCUUUUUUUCUGAACAAUAGGUCUCAACAAUGAGAUUAAAAUAUUCAGUAACAUGUUGUAAACAAAUGUACUGUCGUCCAGGCUUUGAUGUUCCAUUUAUAGAGCACAGGCAGAGUAGAUUUAGCAUAAUUCUUAAGGGCCCUAGGGUUUUCAGAACGGUAAAUGAGUGUUGGGUUCAACUGAAAGUCACCAGCUGCAUAAGCCCCUAACAAGAGAGUAAGCCUGUCCUUUGAAGCUUUGAAGCCAGCAUUAUCUUCUCUCUGGCCGUGAAAGACCUAGACGGCAUCGUCUUCUGAUAUAGGGCUGUUUCAGCUCCACUGAAAAUUUGUUGUUUAGUGUCGCCACUUUCAUCAAGUAGCCGGAUCUUCUGGUAACUUGCUACAGCUUCUACAUCAGCACGUGCUGCCUCACUUUGCACUUUUAUGUUAUGGAGUUGGCUUCUUUUCCCUAAACCUCAUAAACCAACCUCUGCUAGCUUCAAAUGUUUUUUGUUUUUUGUUUUUUUU